AUGCAUUUGCCAGUUCCAUCAUCUCUCACUUUCUCGCUGAUUCGCCAUUCGCCUCUUCCACUGUCAAGACUCAAGAAAAUGAUAAGCCAUGGGAAACACGUGUACGGCAAUCCGUAUCCUGCUUCUCCAAUUUCUGUCCUUUUUGCGGCUUGCCUGUCUGCCUAUCCUUGGGCCUUUUGGAGGGCCCUGAGCUGCACGUUGUCAACGUGGGCAAUUGAGCCGUUGUUAAAAGUCUGCAAUGACACGACAGAAAAAAAAAACAAAGGGAAGAAAAAAAGAAAAUGCAUUCGUCAAUCAGACGCCCACCAACCAACUAACCAACUCCCCUACCCAACGUGCCAAUGUUCUCCAUUAAUUGUUACCUUAGUUGUGUUCCCGAAUUGUGCGCCGUGUCCGACCCCCGUUCACCGUCCCUUCCCAGUCUGUGGUAUGUUUGGCAACUUCCGAGCGAACAAAAAUAAUCUUGGCGUGGGAUCCUGGCCAAAAAUUUCACCAACUUUUGCUCCCUUCGGACCAAACUCCAUUGCACCUGGGCCAGGGGCUCUCAAAGCGUAA